UCUGUAAUUUCCCUUUUCAUCUUUUCGGCUUUUAUUGAGCCUAUGGUUUCAGUGAAACUGCUACACUUAACUUCGUCAGUUCGCCAUUCCUGAAACCCUUACCCGCCAAGGUUUUCCAAAUCGCCUUUCAGGGUUUCGCGGCAGAUCGGCUGGGAAAUCGCCGUCCGAUCCGGAAUCGUGUGGCAUCUGUAGCCUGGAACUGAAGAGAGCAGCAAUUUUGCGAGCAGACGCAUGGGUUAAGGGUUCGAGGUUGGCAUGUAUCUUUGUGGCAUGACCAUUUCUGACAUGUAUGGACGAAAUGUCUCUGGAUUUGGAGCAAGCCAUGGAUGGAGUGGGGGGUGAAACUCCUUCAGAAAUUCAUGAUGGCAAAACAGCAUUAGAUGAUCAAACUGGGAAGUUUGAAUUCAAUAUUUCCGAGGGAGGUAGAGAAUUUGUUACUCCUGAUGUAGGAAUGGAAUUUGAGUCCUACGAAGAUGCAUACAACUAUUAUAACUGUUAUGCAAGAGAGUCUGGAUUUAGUGUGAGAGUGAAGAACUCAUGGUUCAAAAGAAAUAGCCGAGAGAAAUAUGGGGCCGUCCUGUGCUGCAGUAGCCAGGGCUUCAAAAGAGUGAAAGAUGUUAACCGUCUCCGGAAGGAGACGCGAACUGGAUGCCCUGCGAUGAUGAGAUUGAGAUUAGUCGAUUCUAAAAGAUGGAGGAUACUUGAAGUUACUCUUGAGCAUAACCACCUGUUGGCGGCGCAAGGUUAUAAGCCCUUGAGGAAUAUGAGCAGCGGGAGCAAGAGAAAGCUGCUAUGUAAUUCUGAUUCUGAAAUGCCAGUUAAAGUGUAUCGUGCCCUUGUGAUAGAUGGCGGUGAUGGGAACUCCAAUUUCGAUCAAAGGCAGGCAAAACUGUUGUCCGAACAGCCCAAUCAGUUGAACUUAAAGAAAGGCGACACACAAGCAAUGUAUAAUUACCUCUGCCGUAUGCAGCUGACCAACCCAAGUUUCUUUUACUUGAUGGAUCUAAAUGAUGAAGGGAGAUUGAGGAAUGUGUUUUGGGCAGAUGCCAGAUCGAGGGCUUCUAAUCGCUACUUUGGAGAUGUGGUUUUCUUCGAUAAUACAUUCUUGUCAAACAAGUAUGAGACUCCUCUCGUGGCAUUUGUUGGCAAUAAUCACCAUGGUCAAUCAGUUUUACUUGGUUGUGGCCUGCUUGCAGAUGAGACCGUGCAAUCCUACACUUGGCUCUUUAAAUCAUGGCUUUCUUGUUCGGCUGGGAAUUCCCCACAGACGAUUAUCACUGACAGGUGCAAGGUUUUGCAGAGUGCUGUUGCAAGUGUUUUCCCCAAUUCUCACCACCGAUUCGGCUUGUCACAUAUAAUGAGAAAAAUCCCAGAGAAAUUAGGGGGACUACGCAACUACGAUGCUUUGAGAAAAGCAUUGCUCAAAGGAGUUUAUGAGGUGUUAAAACCAUUCGACUUUGAAGCAGCCUGGGGAUUCACAGUCCAGCAUUUUGGUGUCGCUGACAAUGAGUGGCUUCGAUCAUUAUACGAAGACAGGGCACAAUGGUGCCCUGUUUACCUUAAGGACACUUUUUUCAUGGGAAUGGCUGCUGCACGGCCUGGUGAGACACUAACUGCAUUUUUCGACAAGUACUUGCAUAAGCAAACUCCCUUGAAGGAAUUUCUAGACAAAUAUGAACUAGCGCUGCAGAAGAAGCAUAAAGAAGAAGCAAAUGCAGAUAUGAAGUCGAGAAGCUCUUCCCUCGAACUGAAAACAAGAUGCUCCUUUGAACUGCAGCUGUCCAAAGUAUACACUCAAGCAAUGUUUCAAAAAUUUCAGCUGGAAGUCGAGGAGAUGUACUCCUGUUUCGGCACGACUCAGAUACGCACUGAUGGGCCGGUCACGCUAUUCAUAGUCAAGGAAAGGGUUCUUAACGAAGGAAACAGAAGGGAGAUUAGGGACUUUGAAGUUCUCUACAAUCGAGGCACUGCUGAAGUUCGUUGCAUCUGCAGUUGCUUCAACUUCUACGGCUACCUAUGCCGGCAUGCUCUGUGUGUGCUGAACUUUAACGGGGUUGAAGAAAUCCCUUCGAAAUACAUUCUACCACGGUGGAAAAAGGAUUUCAAACGGCUGUAUAUUCAGGAUCAGAGAGGCGAUCGUGACACAGAUGGUAGCAAUCAUGAACGGAUCCGAUGGUUCAACCAGCUGUACAAUAGUGCAAUCCAAGUUGUGGAGGAGGGAGUGAUGUCUCUGGACCAUUACAAGGCCUCGCUCCGAGCACUCGAGGAGUCGCUCCCCCGGGUUCACAGCAUCGAACAAAAACAUGUGUAAGCUGUCUUAUCUUAUUUGAUUUCAUUACCUGUUUUGUUUUCUGCCCAUUUUGCAUGCUGUGAUCCUUAGAAAUUCAUCAAUUCAUUAAGCAAAGAUUGCAUCUUUGUUGAUCUUUAAAGGUUAAUUUUCUUGGCAAAUCCCUGGGGCUUCUUUACAUGAUCUGCCAUAGCUUUCAUAGUCCAUUGUACACAUAUUUUGGUGUAAAUUAUUUGAAUAUGUUUGUUUAGUAUUUUUAAUC